AUGGUUACCUCUUCAACAGCCAAUGAUAAUAAUAAUGAAGAUCCCAUAAUUUCUAAAAAUUGGGUAUGGGUACCUAAUCAACAAGAUUUAUUCACUAAAGGUUAUAUCACUGACUAUUUACCUGAUGGUAAAUGUAAAGUUAAUGUUGUCAAAGGUCAAGAAUCAUCCCAUGAUUCAACAAUAAUCGUGGAUCAAGAUAAAUUGGAAAACUGUAAUCCUGUGAAAUUCAAUAAAUGUGAAGAUAUGGCUGAACUAACUCAUUUAAAUGAACCAUCUGUCGUUUACAACUUGUAUCUUCGAUAUUUAGACGAUUUGAUCUAUACUUAUUCUGGGUUGUUUCUUGUUGCCAUCAAUCCCUAUAAACUGUUACCCAUUUAUAAUCAAUCAAUUUUAAUGAAAUAUCACCAAUAUAAUAACGUGACAACAAACAAAAAUGACUACAAAUCUAAAAACGCCUCCAACAGCAACAACAACAACAAAGGACAAUCACCGCCACAUAUAUUUGCUGUUGCCGAAUCGACAUUUAGAAAUUUAUUAUCCAACAAGAAAGAUCAAUCAAUUUUGGUAACUGGUGAAAGUGGUGCUGGUAAAACUGAAAAUACCAAAAAAAUUAUCCAGUACUUGUCAUCAAUAACUAGUGGCAGUCAUACCAAUAAGGUUGAUCAUAAUAAUAGUAUCGAUACUAAAAUUCUUCAGGCUAAUCCAAUUUUAGAAAGUUUUGGUAAUGCUAAAACUAUCAAGAAUAAUAAUUCUUCCAGAUUUGGAAAAUUCAUUCAAAUUUAUUUCUCAAAUACUGGUGAAAUAUCAGGAGCUAACAUCAAUUAUUAUUUGUUGGAAAAGUCAAGAGUUAUAAGUCAAUCGAAUCAAGAAAGAAAUUAUCAUAUUUUCUAUCAAUUUUUAAAAGGGUAUGAAAACUUACCUAGUUUGGGUUUAAACAAAGACAUGUCAACUUAUAAUUACCUCUCAGGAGGAAAAUUAACUAUAAAUAAUGUUGAUGAUUUCAAAGAAUUUAAUUUAUUAGUGGAAGCAUUCAAAAUCAUGGGAUUCACCACCAAUAAAAUGAACUUUAUUUACCAAGUGUUGGCGAUAAUUUUACAUUUAGGUAACAUCACUUUCACGUCAUGGAAAUCCGAACAAGCCAAUUUCACGAAUGAUUCCCCUAUUGAUAGAAUAUGCGAGUUGUUAGCAGUUGAUAAAGAUUUAUUUGUUCAAAAUUUAUUGCGACCUAAAGUCAAAGCUGGUAGAGAAUUCAUCACAAAGUCAAAGAAACCAAACGAAGUCAAAUUUGCCAUCGACGCCUUUGCUAAAUAUUUAUAUGAAAAGUUGUUUCAAUUCAUCAUUACCAAAAUCAAUGAGAAAUUGGAUCAAAGCCAUAAUGGAGACGAUAACACCGCCAACAAUAACAACGAUAACAAUUUUUUCAUUGGUGUUUUAGAUAUUGCUGGGUUUGAAAUUUUCGAUAUUAACUCCUUUGAACAAUUAUGUAUCAAUUACACUAAUGAAAAAUUACAACAAUUUUUCAAUCAUCAUUCAUUUAUUUUAGAACAAAGUGAAUAUUUACGAGAAAAUAUCAAUUGGGAGUUUAUAGAUUUUGGUCAAGAUUUACAACCAACAAUUGAUUUGAUUGAGACCAAGCAACCUAUGGGUAUCUUGAAAUUGUUAGACGAAGAAUGUUUGAUGCCUAAAUCAUCUGAUGCAUCUUUUAUGGAAAAAUUAUCGAAAAAUUUCUCAAAUACUCAUAAAAAAUUUUCUGAGAAUAAAUUCAAAAAUGGGUUUAUAAUUCAUCAUUACGCUGGUAAAGUAGAAUAUAAUGUGGAAAACUGGUUACAGAAAAAUACUGAUCCUAUAAGUGAAAGUAUUUUGAAUUUAUUGCCUGAUUCCCAAAAUGAAUUGAUUGCAGAUAUGUUUAUAAACGAUCCUCAUAUUAAUAGACCACAGACAAAUGGUGGUGGUAAUUCCAAACUCAAAACUGCUUCACAAAAGCAUAAAGAUCAAUUGAAAACGUUAAUGGAUCAGUUAGAAUCAACUGAACCUCAUUUUGUGCGUUGUAUAUUACCGAAUCUAGAGAAGCGGGCCAACAAGUUUGAUAAAAAUUUGGUACUUGGUCAAUUAAGAUGUAAUGGGGUUUUGGAAGGUAUUAGAAUCACUAGGGCAGGAUACCCUAAUAGAAUGAUGUUUGACGAAUUUAUUCAACGGUACUCGAUCAUUUGUGAUAAUGAACUUUCUUCUCCACAGAACAAAACUAAUUGUGAAAUAAUUUUGAAAUUUGUCAAAUUAAACCCUGAAGAUUUCAAAGUUGGGCUUACCAAGAUUUUUUUCAAAAAUGGUAUAUUAGGGAAAUUGGAAAUUAUUCGUGAUUUAGCAUUGAAGAAUAUUUUCACUGAUUUGCAAAAAGUUAUAAGAGGUAAUUUAACCAGAUUAGUUUUGAAACAGAAAAUCAAAGAAAUUCAAUCCGCACAAAUCAUUUCAAGAACCAUGGUGACGUUAGAUGAAAUCAAAUCUAAUAGUCCUUGGAUGAGAUUGUUUUUCCAUGUGAAACCAUUACUUGAAGAUUCUGCUAAAGUAUUAGACUCUAAGAAAUUACAAGAAAAUUUGCAAACUUUAACUGUGAAAUUGAAAGAUUCAGAAAAACUUACAAAAGGUCUUGAAACGGAUAAUGAAAAGCUACGAGAACAAAUGAAUAAUUUACAGGAUGAAAUGAUUAAUAUUACUUCAAUUGCAAAGGAAAAAGAUGACAAAUUAUCUCAAUUGAGAUUAACAGAAAAUAAAUCAAAGCAUAGAAUUGAAACUUUGGAAAUAAAGUUGAAAGAUUUUGAAAAACAAAAUCAAGAUUUAAUCAAUGAACAUGAAAAGUUAACUCGCCGUUCUUUAGAACUUCAUGAUAAGCAUAACGCAAAAGUUGAAGAAUUAAACUCUUUGAAUAAACUACAUGAUUCAGCACAAUCGGAAUUGUCCAAUUUAAAACAACAAUUGAAAGAGAUUACAAAAUUAAAACAAGACCAUAGUAAGGAAUUGUUGAAAUUUAAACAAAUGCACGAUAAACUGAUUGAAGAUUUAAAUGAAAAAGUUCUGCGAUUGGAAAAUUUGAAUAAAAAAUUACAAGCAGAUUUGAAUUCAAGUAAAGAUGUGAUUCUGAGUGAACAUGGGAAAUUGCAAAAUGAAAUUAUGAAAUUAAAAGAAUUAUGCAGUGAUUACGAAAGAAAGCAAAAGGAUUCACAACGCACUAUUGAUUCAUUACAAAUUCAAUUGAAAAAAGAUGAAGAUUACAAAUCUAGAUAUGAAUCGAAAAUUGAAGAAGCUAGAGAGAAAGUUACUUUGUUGAAAGGCAAAGUUGAGAAGAAAUCCCAAGAAAUUGAUCAAUAUAAAUCAGAGAUUAAAAAAUUGAAAGCUGAACUCGCUAGCAGCAAUACUAAGAUCACUCAAUUGGACCAAUCUACAAAAGAAUUAUCAAGUUUGAAAUCCAAUGAAUCAAAGUAUGUUGCAGAAAUUGAAUCGGCUAAACAACAAUUAUCGAAAAAAAUUGAGGAAUAUAGUUCAAUUGAAGCUGACUAUAAUAGAUUACAAACGGAAUUGAAACAAAUGAAGCAAACAAAUACAGAGUAUAGCACCAGAAUAACUGAAUUGAGCACCAAGUUGAACCAAGUCACUGAAGAAGCCAAAUCUAAAGAGAUUGAAAAGGAAAAUCAACCACCGAACCCUCAAUUUAUGGAAGAGUUUACCCAUAUGAAAUUGAAAGUGAAUGAACAGACUGCAUCAUUGAGGAAAGAAAAGUUUGAAAACAAGAAAUUACUGGAGGAAUUACAAAUGUUGAAAGAACGAAUCAUGAAUGGGUCUUUAACUAGUAUGGACUUAACACCAAAGAGAAGAUCUUUGGCCAUUGGUGAUAAAUCAAUGAUAACUAACACGGUGGAUUCUUUUAAUAAAGAGAUUGAAAAUUUGAAAUUUCAAUUACAGCAAGAACAAGGCAAUUUCCAACGUGCAGAGAAUUAUGCCAUUGAAUUACAAAAGAAAUUAAAUAAAUUAUUGACCACACGAGGAUUAAAUACCAAUACUGAUUAUGAGAAAAAAUAUAAUGAUUCGCAAAAGAGAAUUACACAAUUAGAAACUAAAAUUGGGAGAUUACUUGCCAAUUCUGGUGGAGAUUAUGAAGAUCACCAUUUAGAUGAUAACGACGAUGAUUGGGAAUCACGUUCUUCUAAUGGUGGUAGCGGUGGUGGAAGUACCUCUUCUUCAGCUAGAAACUCGUUAGUGAAAAGUGAAAGUAUAACUGCAUUCCAUAAUAUGCGUGGAGUAUCUCAAGAUUAUAUUCAAAUAUAUCAAGACAUAACAAAGACUUUAAAAUCCACUAGAGAAGAGUUGAAUGGAUCAAAAACAGAAAUUUUAAGAUUGAAAGCAUUAUUGCGUGAAUCAGAAGAUGAAUUGUAUCAAGUCAAACAAGAGAAUUAUAAAACCAGUGUUCAUGAUUAUGAACAGGAUUUGGCGCAAUUGAAAGUUAAGCACGAAACUUUAUUGUCAAGAAAUAAGGAUAUCAAUGAAAGUUUAGAGAUAUACAAGAAACGGUCGGAUGAGUACUAUAAGAAAUUAGAAUUAGCUGAAUCGGCCAUUGCAAUUUCCAAACGACAUGAAGAACAAGCAACUAAAGAAAUGAAAGAAUCUAGAAGCCAAUUGUUAUUAGUUAGAGAAGAAUUAAGAACAACACAGAUUUUGAUUAAAGAUUUUAGAAUCAAAGUUGGAAAUUUAGAGGCAACAAUUGAAGAAAAAAACCAUCAAUUAGAUGCAAAUAAAGAGGAAAUCAAACAAAUACAAGACAAAUUAAACUAUCAUUUGAAAAAUUUUGAGAAUAAGGAACUUAAUGAGAAACUCAAAGAAGAAAUCAAGAAUUUGAAUAGGGAUUUAGAUUUCAAAACUGAUAUUGAGACUAAAUUAAUUAAAGAGAAUAAAAAGUUACAAUUGGAUUAUGAAGAUGUUUUAUUAGUUAAGAACAAUUUACAAAAUGAAGUUGAAGAAUUGAUUCUUCAAGAGGAAAAAUUACAGAAUAAGAUUGAUGAAUUAACUAAUAAUAAUCGACAAUUGGAAAAUGAGAAAUUGAUAAAUGAAAGGAAGAUAGUCAAUUGUACGAAACAAAUUUCUGGGUUGAAAGAAUUGGUUGAUGAGAUUUCCAUUGAAAGAGAUAAAUUAUUGAAGGAUAAGGAAACUUUACAAAAUGAUUUACAAAUCAUGACCAAUAAAUUUGAUUCAACAACUACUGAAUUAAAACAAGCACAUGGAGAAUUAAAUUUCUUGAAAAAACAUUUAGAAAAUCAACGAGAAGAUUCUGAAGCCAUUAAAACUGAAUUAAAUCAACUGAAAAUGUCUACAAGUUUUGAUAUUCGAGAUCAACAAAAAUUAAGAAAUGAAUUAUUAGUGACAAAGGAAGAAAAUUUCAGUCUCGUAAAGACUAAUAAAGAAUUAAAUCUUAAAGUUUCUGAUUUAGAAGAAAAAUUAUACAGUAAUGAACAAUUAAAAUAUUGGGAAUCUAAAGUUGAUACAUUAUCCAAGGCAUUAGAUGGAGCAUUGAAUGAAAAACAUGAAGCUGAUAAAACGAUUAAAAAUUUACAACGAUCAAUUAAACAAUUGGAAAUUAGAGUGGAAAAUGAAUCACAAUUGAGUAAACGUUAUAAUGAUGAGAAUUUUGAUUAUCAAAAUAAAAUUAAUCAUUAUAAAAGUACUAUUGAUAUAAUUCAUAAUGAAAAUAUUGAAAAAGAUUUACAAUUAAAAUCAAUACAACGAGAAAACAUCGAAAUGAAAGAAUCAAUGUUAAUGUUACAAAAAGAAGUAUUGGAAUUACGUGAACGAUUACAAGUUUAA